AACUGACAGAAAUCACGUGAUGGCAUGUCAUGUGACUUCUGCCUCCACAGCUCGUCUUCCACAAACACCAGCCGAGCGAGGACACGAUGAAUACACUGCUGACCUUCUCCCUCACCUUGUUGCUCAGCUCGUUGGCUUGGAGUGGAUAUCUGGAAAGUGACCAAGAUGUCUUAAUACCAGACGGCUGGACUAAUUUGGGCCGGGUAAACCCCGCAGAGGACCUGAAGCUGACCUUUGCCCUAAAGCAGCAAAACAUUGACCUGUUGGAGGAAAUACUCAAACGGGUGUCGGACCCUGACUCGGCCCAAAAUGGUAAGCACCUCACCCUGGAGGAGGUCUCUUCCCUUGUGCGUCCGACCGAACUGACCCAGAAGGUGGUGCGCCGCUGGCUGAAGAGUCACGGGGUUACAAACUGCCUGACUGUUCGCACUCAGGACUUUUUACAGUGCAACAUGACUGCAGAGGUUGCAGAGACACUGCUUCCUGGUAGCAGGUUCCACCGGUACAUCAGGGAUGGACACUCUUUGAUAAGGUCUUCAUCACCGUACUCCGUUCACGAUGAUGUUCAGCAGCACCUGGACUUUGUUGGAGGGCUUCACCGACUCCCUCCUACUGGUCAGGACCUCCGCAAAGCCUCACCGAACAGGAAGCAGAAACGUUCUACGGCAGGGCUGCACCUAGGGGUGACUCCCCCCAUCUUGAGGGCCCGCUACAACCUCACAACAGCUGAUGUGGGGACAGCUCAGAAUAACAGCCAGGCUGUAGCUCAGUUCCUGGAGCAGUACUACAGCCCUGCAGACCUGGCCGAGUUCAUGGGCAUGUACGGCAGGAGCUUCACGCAUCUCUCUAAGGUGGACCGCGUGGUGGGCACGCAGGGAGGAGGAAAGGCCGGCAUCGAGGCCAGCCUGGAUGUAGAGUACAUCAUGAGCACAGGGGCAAACAUCUCCACUUGGGUCUUCACCAAUCAAGGUCGUCAUGAGUCCCAGGAGCCUUUCCUCCAGUGGAUGGUCCUGCUCAGCAACAUGUCCGACGUGCCCUGGGUUCACACCAUCAGCUACGGAGAUGACGAAGACAGCUUGUCUACGGCAUACAUGAUGCGCAUCAGUACAGAGUUUAUGAAGGCCGGCGUCAGGGGAAUCUCUUUGCUCUUUGCCUCUGGGGACAGUGGUGCAGGCUGCAAACAUUUGGGUAAAGACCAAAACUCCUUCAGGCCGAGUUUUCCUGCAUCAAGCCCUUAUGUGACCACAGUAGGGGGAACGUCGUUCAAGAACCCAUUUAAGGUCACAUACGAAGUUACAGAUUACAUCAGCGGAGGAGGCUUCAGCAACGUCUUCAAAAUGCCAGACUACCAGGCCAGUGCAGUAGAGGGCUACCUGAAGACUGUAGCAGCAACCCUUCCUCCUCAGGCAUAUUUCAACACCAGCGGUAGGGCCUAUCCAGACAUGGCCGCCCUGUCAGACAACUACUGGGUGGUCAUCAACAGAGUGCCUGUCCCCUGGGUGUCGGGAACCUCCGCCUCAACACCUGUGGUUGGAGGCAUGCUGUCUCUCAUCAAUGACCAGCGGCUGCUGAAGGGCCGUCCCGUCCUGGGCUUCCUCAACCCUCGCCUCUACAAGCUCAAAGGACAAGCUCUGUUUGAUGUGACUGAGGGCUGUCACCUGAGCUGUUUGGACGAACAGGUUCAGGGUAAAGGCUUCUGUGCUGCACCGUCGUGGGAUCCUGUUACAGGAUGGGGGACACCGAACUACCCCGAGCUGCUCGCCGCUCUGCUAGCGGAGUGAAACCUUGUGGAUGGGCUCUGCUCUGAGAGCAGCUACGACACACAAGUCCAGAGGGUCGGGUGGUGAGGUUUAUUUUCAGUACAUUUGCAGUCAAAUACUGCGUUAUGCAAGCCUUCAGAAUUAUUUUUAUCAUCGCCUGUAAAGGAUGCUUUUGACUGCUUUUAUCAAUACUUAAAAAGGCUUACAACUUUUUCCUCAAAUAUUUUAGGUCGGGGAUAGUGGUGGCUUGGGAUUUUUAUUGCUUCACUGCAUUUGCUGGAUAAACGUGGUUAACUGCAUAAACAACAUAAGCAUACUAAAAUACACCUCUUAGGUGUACACAGGCCUAUUUGAAUAUGUCUUUAUGGUUCAGCGUUAUGUAAGAUGUCAAUCAAGAAUCUUGGUACCAGAUGCUAUAAUUUUACCAGUUCACCAUACAAUUAGACAGUUCGGUUUGCAGUAAGAGUGAGAUUAUCAAAGUGUGUGGGAUGUUGUUGGUUUAUUUUGCCAUAUUUCUCUGCAGGGAUGAGCUAGUUACAAUGCAGUUAAAUUAUUUGGGGUUGUUUCUACCCAAAAGUUGUGUGGUUGUUUUUUUUUAACCAUUUAAAUCCUCAGAUGGUAAAUAUUUGAUGUCAGAGAAAAUUGGUGUAAUGCAUUGCUUAUGUCCCAUGGUUGUUUAGGAAUGUACCACAUGCUUUUGCAAAUCUAAAGUAUUAUCUACUUGUUUUUUUAAUGAAAUGAAAUGUACCGAUUGCUACAUAUAGAAACAUUGAAGAUUGUAGCUGCCAAAGUGAGCUCUUUAAAUUCUCGCUAGCUUCUUUUUACUUCUGUCAGAAACAAUAAGUGGACAUUUAAAUGACAAUUUAACAGCCGAAAAGAUUCAAUACAAGUGUAUAUUUGCAUUGUGCUGACAAAUAAAACAAGCAACCAGA